CUGCACAGAGGAGAGCAUCACUGCAUCUCAACUCGGUUUCCCGCGUUUGUUUGAGUUUCGCGUGAGUGAAACCUUCAUCCAGUGAAGUUUAUUUACAAACUCGUCGAUCGCCAGUUGAAGUUUCGGAGCUAUGGAUUUGUUGUGCGCGGUGUGUGUGCUGCUGACCAUCAGUGCGUGGUGCGCCUCUGCGGAGAGACACAGCGUCUACUGGAACAGCUCCAACCCCAACUUCCUGUGGGAUGAGUACACGGUGGAAGUGCGUAUCAACGACUAUCUGGACAUCAUCUGCCCCCACUACGCCCACGGCGAGGUGUCAUCGCAUGCGGCCGAGCGCUACGUCUUGUACAUGGUGGAGAAGGAGGACUACGACGUGUGCAAGCCGCACUCCUUCGAUCAGCUCCGCUGGGAGUGUUCCAGGCCGUUCGCUCCACACGCUCCCGAAAAGUUCUCGGAGAAGUUCCAGCGCUUCACGCCUUUCACCUUGGGCAAAGAGUUUCGGCAGGGAGAGAGCUACUACUACAUCUCCAAGCCAAUGCAUCACCACGGCCAGGACUGUCUGAGGCUGAGAGUGGACGUCAUCGGACAUAAAGGCUCCGCAAAGGCUCACGUGGACAAGCCCAAGGCGGAGGAGGCGGGGAAGAAAUUAGACGAGGAGAAAGUGAAGUUUUCUGCUGCUGGAGGAGUUCACAACCUCUCCAACCGGCUCCCAGCAGAUGACCCCGACGUGAUGCUGCCCAACGUCCAGCGGAGCGUCGGCAGCUCCGGAGCGCAGCUGCUCUCCUUCUCGCUCGUCUUCACCAUGAUCCCAGUCUUAUUAGCCCUGAUGCUGCACUGAUGCAGACUGAGGCUUAGUGACAGAGACUUUAAUAACCCAAUGCUGGCCGUUGGGACAGACUUUUUUUUUAUACAGUCUUUUUUUUUUACACGAGCAUGGACAGUGUGUGUUUGGUGUGUUUCUCUGUGUGAAUGUGGAACGUGGAUCGCUCCAAAGAUGUGGACUGUUUUUUUCUCUUUCUUGCUUUGUGAUGAGGAUGGAAAUUCUCAGUUUUUGACCAUUCAGGAUGGACAAACAUUUCAGUCUUUAUGAUCAAGACUCCAGACAAAAUGAUCAAAAUACUAUUGUCUUUACAUCAAAUUGAAAUAUGAGUCAGGUUGGCUUUCCUGCUCGACACACCAAUGGUACAAUAGUGCAUGAGUUACUCAACUUAAAUAUGUGUUUUUUUCCUUCCUCUACAUGUAGAGACAUUAUUGAUUUUGUGUAUUGUUGUCGGCAAAUGCCAAAUUCACCUCAUGUAGGAUCAUUGUCAUGUUGUGUAGCACUCCCCUCCUCUUCAGGUCAUCUGUCAUCUCAGUCACUCAAUCACACAAGAAAACCGUGGAACCCAAACCAGUAGAUCUCAGCCUUAUUUUGGCUUCAAUUCAGUCUUUAAGUUGUUGUGUUUAGUUUUGCAUUUCAAGAUUAAGAAAAAAAAAAAAAUUAUCAUUAAAAAAAAAAUUCAGUUUGAGAAAUAUUUCUGUUUUGCAC